GAGUACACUUGCCCAAGAUGUGAAUCUGGCUUUAUUGAAGAAGUCACAGAUGAUUCCAGUUUUCUAGAUGGCAGUGGUGCAGAUGACAGCCCAUCCACGCAGUUUGCAGAGCUUUGGGACCAUUUGGACCACACAAUGUUCUUUCCUGACUUCAGACCCUUUCUGAGUAGCAGCUCACUGGAUCAAGACAGCAGGGACAAUGAGAGGGGCCACCAAGCCCAUGCUGACCUCUGGGGACCAAGCAGACCCCCGCGAUUGCCCAUGACGCGGAGAUACAGAUCCCGGGGCAGCUCGCGCCCCGACAGAUCUCCUGCUAUCGAAGGAAUAAUCCAGCAGAUCUUUGCAGGUUUUUUUGCAAACUCGGCGAUUCCUGGCUCCCAACAUCCUUUUUCCUGGAGUGGGAUGCUGCACUCAAAUCCUGGGGACUAUGCGUGGGGACAGAGUGGCCUCGAUGCUAUUGUCACCCAGCUCUUAGGGCAGCUGGAAAACACAGGACCACCUCCAGCUGACAAAGAGAAGAUCUCAUCUCUCCCAACAGUGACAGUAACUCAGGAACAAGUCG